AUGGAUCGGUCAGAGGAGAACGUGUACGAGAACCCGUAUGAGAACCAGUCCUCUGGAACGUAUGAGACGCCCUACGAGUCUCUCUACGAGGAGCCCUCACAUCUGCCUGUGGACUAUGAGAACACGGGGCCCGACAGGGGAGGAAUACCUCCUCCACCUUCACUACCUCCAAACCAUCCUCACAGAAAAGAGAGGAGCAGGUCCUCCUCUUCCUCCUCAUCCUCCUCUUCCUCUUCUCAUGACGAGAGAGAGAAGAAGGAGGAUUCCAGCAUGGAAGAGGAAGAGGAGGAGAAAUCCAAAGAUCUGAACCAGAACAGAGGCCCUCCAGAGGUGGUGGAGGACAGGAGAUCUUCAUCCUCGUCUUCAUCCUCGUCUUCAUCUGCCCCCUCUGAGAAGGAUGAGCCGACCAGCACGAAAGAGGGACCCGAGGUCUCUCUGUUUGUUCGGGUAAGCGAGAAAAGGCGAAACAUGAGGCGUGAACACAAAACCCAGAUGUUGAUAGUCACGCUUUCUGUGUGUGAGACACUCGAAUCCCUGGGGAAACACAAACAGAGGCACAGGGAGUUCCUCUUGACCAUGACAGAUAUUGCAUCAGAGGAGGAUAAGGACCCCGAUAUUGAACUAUUUGUCAAGGCUGGGAGUGAUGGGGAGAGCAUCGGAAACUGUCCUUUCUCCCAGCGCCUCUUCAUGAUCCUGUGGCUGAAAGGAGUUGUCUUCAAUGUCACCACCGUUGACCUGAAGAGGAAACCAGCAGAUCUCCACAACCUGGCCCCAGGGACACACCCGCCCUUCCUCACCUUCCAGGGGGAGGUCCUCACUGAUGUCAACAAGAUAGAGGAAUACCUGGAGGAGAUGCUGGCUCCGCCAAAGUAUCCCAAACUUGCAGCAAAGAACCGCGAAUCAAACAUGGCGGGAAACGACAUAUUUGCCAAGUUUUCGGCAUAUGUAAAGAACACAAGACCGGACAGAAAUAGAGCUUUGGAGCAGAGUCUAAACAAGGCCCUGGCUAAACUGGAUGAGUACCUGAUGAGUCCCCUUCCUGACGAGGUCCAGACGGGACGCAGCGGUGGGGAUGGUGUUUCGGCCCGUAAAUACCUGGAUGGAGAUGAACUCACAUUGGCUGAUUGUAACCUCCUUCCCAAACUUCACGUAGUAAAGGUCGUUGCAAAGAAAUACAGAAACUAUGACAUCCCCUCGGAGUUCAAAGGGGUGUGGCGUUACCUUGGCAACGCCUACAACAGAGAUGAGUUCACCAACACCUGUGCAGCUGAUGUGGAAAUAGAACUGGCCUACAAGGCUGUGGCAAAGAGACUGGGGAAAUGA